GAAUCAUGCUGAACAACUUCGUUCUUCUUUUCAAUCUUCAUCAAUCGUUGGUCUACAGCGCCUUUCUCCGUUCCUUGUAUUCCAUUGAGUUGCAAGUCUAUAAUUGGAAAUCUUAGUAUAUAAGCUUUCUCACCCCACAAUAACCAACAACCAACAACAUCCACCAUGGAAUAUACUCCACUCUCUAACCUUAUCUUCCUCACAGCAUUCUUUGGAAUUGUCAACGCAUCCUUCAAUCUUAAUACUUCUGGUCCAGAUUGGGAUUACGUUGCUAAAGAUCUCGCAAAUACCACUUCUCAAGCUUGUAUAGCUGCUUAUAGUGCUGAUAUCGAUUGCGAUGACACACUGUUAGGAUUGGUUGCUUCUAUGCGACCUGCUUUCAAACCUACUUCUGCAGAUUUUGAUAAUACUUGUACAACAAGUUGCUAUGAGUCUGUAGAUGCAUAUCUCAAAGGUAUCCAAGAAGCAUGUACUGCAGAUGGUGAUGCUGCGCAGCAGUAUGUAGGAGGAACUCCUUCUGAAGCUCUUGUGCCGGUAGAGAUUGUUGCCCAAGUAUUUCAAUAUACACUUGCGAAGGAUUGUGCUAAGUUGACAAAUGGUACAUAUUGCCAUGAUGCCGCUUCCUCUUCGUCGGCCUCAAAAUUCUCUUGUGAUGAUGAAUGUGCAGUUCAAGAAUAUCAAACGGCUCACGAUUAUCCGGGCUCGGAAUAUCAGUUCAAUUAUUAUUGGCUGGUUUCUAUUGGAGAGUGGUGGGAAAGUGAAUUUGGGGAUGGGUGGAAAAGAUUACAGCAGUGUGGAGAGGCUGUUGAGAGUACGACUUUGAGUUCGGCGACAGCGAUGACUACAUCCACAACCUCGGUUUCUUCUAGUGGAACUAGUGCUACAGUUUCUACUUCCAGUACUGGUACUAGCACUUCCUCAUCUGCAGUAGCCUUUGCAGAAUCAUCGCCAACUGGAACUAGUGUACCCAUAAAAUCGGGGGCGCUGAAGGUUAGCUAUUCUCUGGGAUCAUUGUUCCUAGGAAUCUCGUACUCGAUGUUUUUCAUGUAGCUCUAGAAUACUUUAAUUUUUCUCUGCCAUUUGUUUGUUAUGAUAUAAUUUUCCACA